AGGUCUUGGAUCUUCAAGGAUGGAUCCCAAUCCCACACCAAACUCAGGGAACAACCCUAUUGAUGUCGAUACCGCCACUGGUGAUGUGAAACCCAUGGCUUCUGCUGCGGUGCCUGAAUCCCAGUCAAUGGAGUUAGUGCCUCCCGAGAUUAGCACAGGAACCAAUGUCUUUGCUGCACCCGAAGUUGCUGAACUUGGUCAAGUUGAUCAGAGCACAGCGAUUGAGAGUGGCGGUGAACCAACAGAUAUGCAGAAUAUCCUCGGCGAAGUCAUUUCUUUACGGCAUGCCAAACAAAAUAUCGAAGAGGAAUUGAUGGAUGUUAAAGAGAAAUGCAAAGAGCUGUCUACUCGGAACAGUGAAUUGCAAUCUCAGAUCGCCAGUAGCAUUGAGGACUUGAAUGAGCGAUCUCGAUUAUAUCGACAGUUGGAGUCCUCCAGAAAUGGCUUGGCCAGAACAAAGAUGGACUUAGACUGUGAAAUAGAAAGGUUGAAACACGAAAAAGAGGAAAGAGACAAUGCCAUACGCACGCUCACAAAAGAAAAGCAACUUAUCGCAACUGAGAAUUUUGCUCUAAAGGAUGAGCUACAAAAAGCUUUGCAUGAAAAGGCUGAACUUUUGCAAGAGAAAACGAGUCGUGAACAGGAUGUGCGAGCACUAAUGUCAGAAAGGGAGAGAGCGCGAACUGAAACGGAAGUCUAUACUAACUCUCGGCAGUGGUUUCUACAAGAAAUCGCUCAAAGAGAUAACAAAUGUGCAGAAAUGAAAAUAGAAAUGAGUUCCAAAGAGCUCUCAUGGCAGCGAGAAAGGCUUCAGUUGAAAGACGACAUUGCACGUCUUCAACUCGAAGCAGAAGACCACAGUGGGCAGGUGCAACUGCAUAAGAAACGAGCCGAAGAGGCAGUGCAAAGAAUUGAACAGAUCUCCAACGAAAACGCAGCCGCAAUUGCUGGUCUCCAAGCUGAACUGCGAAAAGAAAGGGAACUUUCUGCACUUUACAAAGAGUCAUUAGAGAAAGCAGAACACGUGGCAGCAGAGAUAAGUGAGCAAUGGAAAUCUCGAGAAAAUCUUUUCGAGGAGACAAAACAAGUCUUAGCCUCUGUUCAGGAAGAAAUUGAGGAAGAAAAGAGGCUAAGAAAUCUAGAAGUUGAAAGGAAAGACGAAGAAAUUGCUGAGCUCAAAGAGGAGUUGAAUAAGGCAAAUGAACUGUUGAAGUCAAAGCACGCUGUUCACUUGAAUGUGAGCGAGGAUGAACUUGCCGUUCUUUCUCCGGCUGCUGUAGAAACUGCCAGACUACUCCGCGGUGGUCAAUCUUUGACCAGCAUAGUCCGAGAACAUGCUCGUCUUACCGGAGAGCUUGCGGAGGCACGAGAGCGAAAUAAGCAGUUGGAGCUGAACCUUAGGGAAAUGGUGGAAGAAAUAGAGGAACGAGCACCACAAUUAUUCCAUCAAAAGGAGCUACUAGAUAAGACAUUUGACCACAACAGCCGACUUCAGGAGCAGCUCAAAGAAGCUGAUGAAGCUCGCCGUCGCCUAGAGAGUGCCAAAGAUGCUACAACGAGAGAGCUUGCAUUCACGCGAGCUGAGCUUGAAAAAUACCAAAGAGAUUACGCCAAAGUUUCCAAGCAGGUGCAGCACCUCCUCUUCGUUAUGGAGAAGGAAAGAAGAGGAGAAGAUGAAGGAAUGAAUGAAAACGAAGAAGAGAAUGCGCGUUUGUUCAGCAACAUUGCUCAGCUGCAGAAAAUAAAUCGUCGACUGGAAUCAGAGUUGGAAGUUGCCAAAACGUCCGCUGAGCAGGUGGUCCUUACUUCGAAAAAUGCAGAAAUUGAGUGCUUGAAGCGUGAGUUGGAAAGCACUCGCAAGGCUGAAUCUAGUCUGAAAGUCGAAUUGGAGCAGAUGCACACGACAUUCGAUCUUCUUCAAAAUCAAGCGGAUCAACUGAAAAAAUUAGCAGAAGAUAAUGUUAGCGUGGCUGAAGCAAGAACAGCGAAGAUCAAGGCUGAAGAGGCUGCAGCUAGGGCCCAAGCAAGUGAACUGAAGGUAGCGCGUUUGGAGGAGUACAUCAAAGCGCUUAAGGAAGAGAGGGAGAUCUCGGAUAGGAUCCACAGCGAUCGUGCUGCUAGAAAUGAACAAGUGGUUGCGGAGGUCAAGAUGACGAACGCUCGUCUUGAGGCUUCGUUUGAAUUGCAAAAGCAGACAACAGCCGUCUUUGAGAAGGAACUAGAGCGUUCACAAAAGGAGUUUGACCAAAUACGCGAGGAGAAUGAUCGCUUGAGAUCCAGUGAUGCGAAGAUGGCUGGUAAAGUGGAGCAGUUGCAGAAUGAGUUGUUUGAGAUGCAAAGGACAGCCAAUAAUUACAAGGUCGAAUUACAUUCGGCUCGUGAUGAAUUAGAUCAUGCUCGUUUGACGAUUAACAGGUUAGAAUCAGAGAUAGGAGCUUACAAGAGGACUGCGUUUAGUGAGCAGCAGAUGAUGGUGUCACUGAACGAGUUAACCAACCGCUUAUCUCGGGUAGAAGCUGAGAAGACGACAGUUGUGGAGUCUCAGCUUGAGGUUCUUCGACUCGAGCGGGAUAGUUUGAAGACAUCCAACGCUCGCCUUACUGACCAACUUUCACAUGCAAGAAAUGAAGCGAAGCAAAUGCAGACUCGUUUCGAGCAAGAACUCACACUUCUACGAGAACAGCUCUCCGAGAAAGAAAAGGAGCUGACCUCUUGUGAACGUCAGUUGAUUGAUCUGCGGACACGGUUGAGUAAUAUGCAAGCGCAGUAUACUGCUCAUGAAAGCACUAUAGGUAUGACACCCGAACGCUUGCAAAAAGAAUGCCAACAACUCAAAAAUCGAACCCAAUAUCUCGAAUGCCAGCUUGAUGAGAUGAAGGCAAAACUAGCCGAAGCCGAGAGCGUUGCGAUGAAGAAGAGCGACGAAAAUGAGAGAAUGGAGUCUCACAGUAAUGUACUUGAAUCAAAUAUCAAGCAGAUGGCGGAGCUCGGAUCGAUGGAGCGCGAUCGUCUUGAAACAAGAGCGAGCAGCGCCGAAGCACGAUCAGAAGAGCUCACAGCUAAGGUAGCUCAACUGUCGACGACCAUAAACCAACUAGAGGCAGAAAUAAGUGAUAUGAAGAUGCAGCACUUAGAGCGUUCCACCGAACUUCAAUUGAGAAUUGAUAUUCUUGAAGCUCAAAAGAGGGACGCUGAUGAGUCCAUCAAACAUCUUAACGAGUCGUUGAACUCGUCACAGAUCGAAAUGGAGAGAAAACUGACCGAGCGCAAUCAGUUGACGGACCAAGUGGCCGAACUCAAAGCUCAGCUGUCAGAAAAAGAAGGAGAUCUUAUGCUGAGAGAUGCUAAGCUCGAGUCCAAGCAAAAGGAGCUCAUGAGCGCUUGUGAAGCUUCGAGAGUUGCUGAAGAAAGUCUUCAAAAUGCCGAACAGUUGUUAGCUGCUCGUUCGAGUGAAGUGACUGCCAUCGAGACUCGCUUGAAUGAGGUUGUGAAGCAGUAUGAGGAGAAGAUGGAACAGAUUUUGGAGAAAUACGAGAAUGUGGUAGCGCAAGUGAGUGAAAGCGCAACCGAAGGAAAACCUGCAGAUCCGUUGAGCAAUCCUGAUUCUGCAGGAUCUGUUAUAGAAUCGCUGCAAAGUGUUGUGAGAUUCUUGCGAGAAGAAAAGCAAACGGCCGUUUCGCGCUCGAUGACUGCUGAAGUUGAAGUGAGGCGCCUACGCGCGGAAGUUGACGAAAUCCGGUCCAAUCGUGAUGAGCUUAGCGCCACUGUUCGACGUCUGCAAUCGGAGGUUGUUGCAAAUGCUAAUGCAUUAGCCGAGAAAGCGCAGCUGGUUGAACGCUUGGAGGCAAUGGCUGUGGUACAAAGGCAGAAUACUAUGUUCAGAUGUGAAAAUGAGAAGUUGCACAAAAUCUCGACAGAGUUAUCGAAACAGAAAAAGGAAGUCGAAGCAAAGUUCGCGGAAGUAUCUGCUUCCUUUAAUGAAGCCAACUCGAAGAUCACGACUUUAACAUCCGAGCUGAAUGCUAAGAGGAAAGAAUCCGAUCUUUUACGUCAGCGUGUCGCAGAAGCUGCACUGAAGGGUGACCAGGAAAUUAGAGCUGAAUUGGACCAGUGUAAGUCAAAACUCUCGCGAGUUGAGGCAGAGUUGACCAAAGCAAGUGCACAAGCCGUGGAAGCCGAAAAACUCAAGAUGGCGGCUGAUGCAAGGGUGAAGGAGCUAGCUGCUAAGCAUGCGGACACUUGCAAUAAGUUCGAAGCUACUCGAAAAUUGGCUCGUAAAUACCGUGACGAGAAUGCUGAGGACAAGCAGAAGAUUAGCAGCUUGCAGGCAGAAGUAACACGAUUGAAGUCUGCGCCUCCUCCAGCAUCUGCUCUUGAGAGCUCAUCACAAGAUUUGAAUGCGCUGAAGGAAAAAGUCAAUAGUCUGGAGCAAGAGAAUGCGAAGCUUAGCAAUGAUCUGACUUCAAAAAUUGGUGAGUACGAAGAGGUGAAGUUCCGGCUCAAUGCCAUGGCUCCGUCGUUUGAAAAGGCUCAAGCUCGUGUAGCGCAACUAACUGCUGAGAAGAACGAAUUGGUUGCAAGAAUUGCUUCUCUGGAGGGUCAAGCAAAUCCUGUAUGGCCAGGUAAUCAGAAUCGUCCAGCUGCCGUAUCUUUAUCGGCUUCAUCAGUGAUGUCCACCGGAUCGCAGCCUGAUAGUCUUGGAUCUGGAGAUAGUGCUUCGUCAUCUGUAACAACAUCUAAACGACUAGCUUUCGAUUCUCCGGUCCGGUUUGCACCUACAGUGACCACAACAGCUGACACGAUCUCUGGGAUGUCUCAUUCUGCUGCAUCGCAGUCCUCAUCAGCAGCACCUCUGCCGGCUGGCUCCCUAUCCGCACAAGUACCGAAAUUGUUCAAAUCGAGUGUAGAGCCGGCGUUCCCAUCUACUCAGGCCACAUCAACACCGCCUCCCGAAGAACCACAGUCUAAGCAAGGGGUAACUACAAGUGAAAGUGCACCUUCCGGGCAGGUGCCGUCAUCUCCAAUAACAUACUCUUUGGCGACGUCAUCAGCAGCUAGGAUUAAUCCACAUCAAUCCUUGUUCGGAAAAUCAGCACCAGUUGCUGCAAAUGCAAAUGUGAGCACGUCAAGCGCGAACAGCACAACUGUAGAAGGCAAAGGAGGAUCUGUGAUUACCGAAGCCGAACAAAGUAGUCAGGUCAGCGGCAGUGCUGAAGUACGAGGUGUAGAGGCGAAUGACGAUGAUGGGGCUGGACAUAACGAUUCUGCAGGAGAGUCACGAGACAGCGGCAGCGGGAUGCCAGUGUCAUCGUCGGAUGGAAGAAGGAAGAGAUCUGCUACAAACGAAACUUCUAGCUGUGAAUCUAAACGUCAUAGAGAUAGCCCAAGCGAGAUUGUGACUAGUAGCGAAGAGCGCCGCGAUUUGGACGUUAUACCCGAGAGCAACAUGGCGGCUGCGGCUGAUAUCGAAGGCAUGGAUGCUCCGGACGAUGCCGAAGGAGAUGAUAUUGAGGUCUUGGAAGAGGGGCACGAUGAUGCCGCUCAUCACGUCGAAUUAUUGUCCGAUGAAGACGUAUCGGAACAGUCAAUGGAGGAUUUCGAGGACGAGGAGGAAGAAGGUGGGAUUGAAUCGGAUGAAGAGAUUGAUAAUGGUGACUCUGCAGAUGUAGUGGUUUUAUCAGACGGCGAGGAUGAUGCUGAGGAAAUCGGCGAAGUGGAAAUGGAAGACGAUCAAGGUGACGACGAGCUGGAUGAGGGAGAUGGUCUGGUUAUUGGACAAGAUGAUGAAGCUCUUGCAGCUGAUGACAACUCUCUGGAUGCGCCAGCUCAUGGCGGUGAUUUCGUUGACGAUGAAGAUCGUGAAGCUGCAUCAGCUGUAGAAGAAGCUGACGAUGAAGGAAGAACCGACACUGGAAACAGUUCAAGUGGAGGAACUUCGGCAACUGUUCGUCAUACCACCACAACAUCGUCAAUGGCAACAGGUAGUAGUGGUACGUCGUCACAGCCGGCUGGUAGACUACGCAUACCAAUUGUGUAUGGGGCCGACGAUCAAUGUUCGAGCAGCAACGAGACAGGCACAUCGGGUAACUUCGCUAUUCGCCGCCGCCGCCCAAUCGGACUGUACCAAGCUGGUAUGCGUUCGCUGGCGCACGCAGCGCCAAGCAGUGAAGCGCCCCCAGAGCGUAUGAGUGCUCGCAUGAGAGGCCGACAACGGGCUGCUCUUCGAGGACGGGGAAAACCCCGUGGCGCGAAACAUUGAAGACUGUAAAAUGCGGUGUUUCUGUUACUUCUGAGUGGUUGUUCUUAAAUGUAAGAUUUGGCGUCUUUAAAACCUUCUGCGGGCAUGCGCCGAACGCAUUUUACUUCGUAGUCGAAGAGGCUACUGAAUGCGCUCCAUCCCUUAUAAUGACUUACAGGGGUGAACUAGUUACCAAGUCAGUACUUUGAUCCUCCCGGUCAGGUAAGGGCGAGUGGCGUAGUGGUAUGAGGCGCCGCUAUGACCCAGUGCUUUAUCUGCACUAAGGCCAACCAAGCUCUCUACCCUUCGUGGUGGUCAAUUGGUACCAGAGUAAUCUCGUUGACUCGGUAACAGGUUGAUACAAGCAAGUCACUAUGAAAAUUGACACGCAGUCAGUAUUCUCUUCAACAUGAAGUAGAGUACGCUUGGCGCAUGUCCACAGACGGUAUUGAGGAUGACGAGUCUUUUUUGCUCUAAUAUGUUCCUUUGAUAAAUCAGAUCAAACGUCAAUAUCCCGAUUGUUCGAUUGCAAAACAUCUUUCUCGCAUUUUUGGGUUGUUACUCCCAUUCGCUGAACGCUUCUGCCAGAUUGUGAUAGUCGACGGAAUAGAUUCAAGGCAC